GCCUCCAAGACGCGGCGUAGUUCGCGCUGAGUCUUUGAAGAGUGUGACUCGUGUCGGCUGCUGUAAAACCGCAUCGGGAGAAAAUGGCAUCUGAUGAAGGAAAGCUCUUCGUUGGGGGACUCAGUUUCGACACCAAUGAACAGGCAUUGGAGCUAGUCUUCUCUAAAUAUGGACAAAUAGCUGAAGUUGUUGUUGUAAAAGACAGAGAAACCCAGAGAUCGAGAGGUUUUGGUUUUGUCACCUUUGAGAACAUCGAUGAUGCAAAAGAUGCAAUGAUGGCCAUGAACGGGAAGUCUGUCGACGGCCGCCAAAUCCGUGUUGAUCAAGCCGGCAAAUCGUCCGACAACCGCUCCCGUGGUUACAGAGGGGGCUCGGCUGGAGGCCGAGGGUUUUUCCGCGGAGGCAGAGGCCGGGGCCGAGGGUUUUCCAGAGGUUCCAGUGGAGACAGAGGCUACGGUGGUGGCAGCAGAUUUGAAUCCAGAAGCGGGGGAUAUAGUGGCUCUAGAGACUACUACAGCAGCAGCAGGAGUCAAGGCAGCUAUGGCGACAGGCCUUCCGGAGGGUCCUACAGAGACAGCUACGACAGUUACGGUAAGUCUUCGAUCAUGAGGGAAAGGAGGCAUGCGUGGAGCCGCUCUUGAUCUUGCAGCGAUAACCUUGGAAGUGCUGUAAGGUUCGCUUUGGAGUUUUGAUUUCUGGCCUGUGAGAAACGUCACUCCUUUGGCAGGCCUUAAGCACUCGUGCCACGGAAAAAGCAGGAAAGAAAAAGGAGGAAAAACACACCACCACACAUGCACACACCCAGCCCCGCGUUAAUGCAUGCGUUGCGCUAGUUGGACCCAGAAGCAAAAGCAUACAUACACCAGCGUUUUCCGAAGCUGAGAAAUAACAUGCCAGCGAUCCUCUCAAAAGUCCACAAGUGAUGAAAAAGGGGUGGGGCAAAGAGGAUGUAGCAAGCUAGCCCUUUUAGGUGCUUGGCGAAACGGGAGGAGAAAUGCUAGAACUUGUCUAUGCUUCAGUGCCUUUACAACUCUGCCUGCUUCUUGUCCUCAGCUACACACAACGAGUAAAAAACCUUCCUGGCUCAAGAUCGUCCUUCCAAUGGCUGUAUUUAUAAAGAUUUUUGGAGCUCCGCUGAAAUCGUUCUUGUGUAGUCCAUCUCCUUUGUAUUCUCACUUUUGUAGUAAACUCGCAGUUUUGACCUUGUCAUAAACACAGCCUGACAGCUUCUAAUAUUAUGAACGGUCUGUUCAGACGCAAAGAAAGCUCUGGGUUUCUUUCUCCUCUGAAGUGUUUUAACUUUUUUUAUUUUAUUUUUAAAGCACUUAAGAUUUUUGGGUUCAUUUGUGAGCAGAGGUGCGUGUGCGUGUGUGUGUGUUUUAGUUUUUUUUUAAAAAAGAAAAAGGCCGGAAGGUUUUUGGGCCGUGUUUCUGUUUUUCAUUUGAGCAAGAAAGGACCUUAAAUUGUUCGAUAGAAGCUGAGCAAGCUGUGAACUGGUUUUUUUAUUUUGUUUAGUGCUUCGUUUUGUAACAUAAACUUUAGUGUAGCAAGGUAGGUAAUUGUAGCCUGGGUAUAAAUUUCAAAAGGCAACCCACCUUGAUAUAUCUAAAGAGAUAACUUGCUUGUAUGUUCAAGUUGCAUUGAGAGACUUUUACUUGUAUGCCAUAAAACUUUACCCAGAGAGACUCUGCAAAUCUUAAAACCACGCAAAAGGUUCAUU